AUGAAACUUUUGAGAGCAGAACCUAUUUCUACGUUGGAGGCGCUGGUCAAACAAGCACAGUACGCAAUUCGAGUCACGACCGGUAUUCGGGCUAACUUCGUCAAGAACUACCUCAACACACCAGAUGGACGCGAAGGCUGGGCAUCCUAUUUUUUGAAGCAUGGCUACACAAUCUACUUGACCGACCCCCCACAACGCGGUCGCUCCCCUUGGAUUCCCGGCGAAGGCACCGUCGAAGCCGUCCCCGUCUCCUACGUCCAAAAGUACUUCACCACAUCCGAAGUAUUCGCACCAACUGAAUGGCCACAAGCCUCUCUCCACACCCAAUGGCCUGGCACCGGUCUAGUCGGCGACCCCAUCUUCGACGCCUUCUACGCCUCCCAGGUGCAAUUACAAACCAGUGCAUUCAUCUCCGAUGACAACACCAAGCCUGCCUACAACGCCUUGCUCGACAAGAUCGGCAACGCCAUACUAGUCACUCACUCCCAGUCGGGACCGUAUGGCUGGGUAGCAGGCGACGCACGUCCUGAACUCGUGAAGGGCAUAAUUGCAGUCGAGCCAGAGGGUCCGCCUUUUGUGAACGAGACUGGUCCUACCGGCCCACCACGCCUCGAUGGCGUCACACGACUUCCUCUACAUUAUGACCCCCCUGUGACUGAUAUAGUUACAGAUCUCAAGACCGUAACCAUCCCGCCGCCAGAGGGGAAGCAUUAUACAUCCUGCACGAUUCAGGCUGAGCCAGCGAGGAAACUUGUGAAUCUGUCGAACGUCCCCGUCGUGCUAAUUACAGGCGAGGCGAGCUAUCAUGCGCCGUAUGAUUAUUGCACGAUCAAAUUCUUUGAGCAGACGGGCGUGCCUAUUACGUGGAUAGAUCUGCCGAGCGAGAGGUUAAGAGGGAAUGGGCAUUUUCUUUUUAUGGAGAGGAACAAUCUUGAAAUAGCAGGUCUGGUGCUAAGUUGGCUGGAGAAGACUAUAAAGUGA